AUGGAGAAUCAAAACCAAGCCGUAUCAUCAUCAGAGACUAACGGAUAUCCAACAACAACUGAAGAAAACAAUGACCCAUCAUUCUUGUACUCUAUUUCAAGAGAGAAAGAUAAUGAACAACGAAUUAUAGGCAGAAUUGCUUGUCUACCUGGUGGUUUUAAUCUCAACGGCAAGAGAUCACCUCCCAAUACGAGCCAUAACGUUUUUGUAGGUGAUGUUCUCAAAAUAAGACUCAAUGAAGACUCACCAUUCAAAAACGUUCUGAAUAACAUGAUCUGUCAGUUGGUCGUGAACGAUCACGUACAAUCAGAGAAGGGCUUUGAUGACUUGGGUGAAUGUAACAUUUCUAUUCCUCGAAACAACAAAGGUGGUGCUGGAGGAAAAAGCCGAGUUGCUUUGAUUAAAUUCGUUAAUAGAAAGACAAGCGCAAACAAUCAAGGAGUGAUUGGGUUGAGCAAGUGUUUUUGGGUUCGCACAAAAACCAAGAAGGAGACUGCAAUAACAUCACAGGUAAAGAAGAAGCAAGAUUCUUCUACAAAGAAAAGAGACCUUGAUAAUGAGAGCAGCUAUUCUUCAAAUUCGCAAAACACCACAAAGAAGAGAAAGAAUUCAUCCUCGGCUGAAUCGACCACCACCUAUUUUGACGCAUCAUCACUCUCUGACUAUCAAAUUGAUAGAAUUUUUGAUGACCACGAGACUAUUGCUAGUACCAAUACAACAAUGACAGCCCUGUCCACCUCUACAACAAUCACGAAUCCUUUCAUCGAUGAAACCAAUCAAGCUGCUCCCAAUAUUGCUACUUUGACAGCAUUUCACGCACAAAUUCCAACCGAUAUCGAACGUGUGAGCAUGGAAAAUAGAGAACUCAAACAAAAAGUUGCAGAAUUGGAAAUGACUUUGCAGAGACUUUACGAUGAUAUCAGAGAUGGAAAAUUUUCAGCUCCAGCAGUCUCUCGAACAAAUUUGCACAUUGAAACCAGAACCGAUAGCACUGUGACAUAUCAGACAGGUCCAACACAAUCUCGAACAUUUGUCUCCCAACAAGCGACAUCUCCGUUCAGCUGCAGACCAUUACCAUACGGCUAUUGUCAACAGCAACAUUCUGCUCUUUCUCCUUUCAUGUCAUCUGGUUGUACAUCACCAAACGAUGCAUUGUCACCAACAUUGUCGUUCUUUUCAAUGAGCCCUCCCAGAGAGUUUGAUUCAUAUUAUGACACUUACGACUUUUCGAAUCAAUAG